CCUGUUAGUCAGUUAACGUCUGAGCUGAACACGACGCACAUCGUAUUGCAAGGAAUAUUAUAUAUUUUGCUGUACAUGGUUAUGACUCUGAAGAGGAUGAAAAGUUUUUGUCUUUCAAAGCAUGAUGGCAGAAGGAGAAUUUUACUCUCAUUAUUGUGCUUGUGGUGCACAGUUCUAUCGCCAACUGCAUCAAACACAACAAUUAUCUCAACAACUGCAGCCACUCCAGAAACAACAACUACAACUGCAGCAUCAAGUACAACUCCACCCAAAACAACAGCAGUGACUACAGAAAGCACAACGAUUUCCUCAUCAACUCUAACCCCAACAGAAACAACAACCUCAACCACACAAACCACAACUGCGGCUUUAAGAACAACGCCACCUACAAAAACAUCUCUGUCUACAGAAAGCACAACAAUUUCCUCAACAUCUCUAACCACUCCAGAAACAACAACCAAAACUACAGCAUCAAGUACAACUCCACCUACAACAACAGCUGUAACUACAAACAGCACAACAACCACAUCUGCGGCAUCAAGUACAAUGCCACCUACAACAACAGCUUUGACUAAAGAAAGCACAACGAUUUCCUCAAUAACUACAACCACUCCAGACAUAACAACUUCAGCUGCACCAACCACAACAACAGCAUCGAGUACAACGCAACCUACGACAACAGCUGUGACUUCAGAAAGCACAACGAUUUCUCAACAACUCUAACCGCUCCAGAAACAAUAACCACAGCUGGGGCAUCAAUUACAACUCCAUCCACAACAAAAGCUGUAAAUAAAGAAAGCACUACGAUUUCCUCAACAACUCUAACCACUCCUGAAACAACUACCACAACUGGGGCAUCAAGCACAACUCCACCCACAACAACAACUGUGACUACAGAAAGCACAUCAAUUUCCUCAACAACUCAAACCACUCCAGAAACAACGACCACAACUGGGGCAUCAAGUACAAUUCCACCAACAACUGUGACUAGAGAAAGCAAAACAAUUCCCUCAACAUCUCUUACCACUCUGGAAACAACUGCAGCAUCAAGUGCAACACCACCCACAACAACAACAACAACUACAGAAAGCACAACAAUUAUUUCAACAACAACCACUCCAGAGACAACAAACACAGCUGCAGUGUCAAGUAAAAUUCCACCCAAAACAACAGCAGUAACUACAGAGAGCACAAUGAUUUCCUCAACAACUGCAACCACUCAAGAAACAACAACCACAACUGCAGCAUCAAGUACUAUUCAACCCAUAACAACAGCAGUAACUAGAGAAAGCACAACAAUUUUUUCAACAUCUCUUAUCACUCCAGAAACAACAACCACAACUGCAGCAUCAAGUACAACUCCACUCAAAACAACAGAUGUAGUUACAGAAAGCACUAAAAUGUCCGCAACAACUCCAACCACUCCAGAAAAAACAACCACAAUUUUGGCAUCAAGUACAACUCCACUCACAACAACAGCAGUAACUACAGAAAGCAUUAAAAUGUCCUCAACAACUCCAACCACUCCAGAAACAACAACCACAAUUUUGGCAUCAAGUACAAUUCCACCCACAACAACAGCUGUGGUUACAGAAGGCACAACAAUUUUCUCAACAUCUCUUGCCACUCCAGAAACAACAACCACAAUUUUGGCAUCAAGUACAAUUCCACCCACAACAACAGCUGUGGUUAAAGAAGGCACAACAAUUUUCUCAACAUCUCUUACCCCUCCAGAAACAAAAACUGCAGCAUCAAGUACAACUGCACCCAUAACAACAGCAGUAACUACAGAAAGCACAAACAUUUUGUCAACAUCUCUUACCACUCCAGAAACAACAACCCCAGCAUCAAGUACAACUCCACUCAAAACACCAGCUGUAACUACAGAAAGCACUAAAAUGUCUGCAGCAACUCCAACCACUCCAGAAACAACAAGCACAAUUUUGGCAUCAAGUACAAUUCCACCCACAACAACAGCUGUGGUUACAGAAGGCACAACAAUUUCCUCAACAUCUCUUACCACUCCAGAAACAACAACUGCAGCAUCAAGAAUAACUCCACUCACAACAACAGCUGUAACUACAGAAAGCACUAAAAUGUCCUCUACAACUCCAACCACUCGAGAAACAACCACUAUUUUGGCAUCAAGUACAAAUCAACCCACAACAACAGCUGUGGUUACAGAAAGCACAACAAUUUUUUCAACAUCUCUUACCACUCCAGAAACAACAACCGCAACUGCAGCAUCAAGUACAACUCCACCCACAACAACAGCUGUGGUUACAGAAGGCACAACAAUUUUCUCAACAUCUCUUGCCACUCCAGAAACAACAAGCACAAUUUUGGCAUCAAGUACAAUUCCACCCACAACAACAGCUGUGGUUACAGAAGGCACAACAGUUUUCUCAACAUCUCUUGCCACUCCAGAAACAACAACCACAACUGCAGCAUCAAGUACAACUCCACUCAAAACAACAGAUGUAGUUACAGAAAGCACUAAAAUGUCCGCAACAACUCCAACCACUCCAGAAACAACAACCACAAUUUUGGCAUCAAGGACAACUCCACUCACAACAACAGCAGUAACUACAGAAAGCAUUAAAAUGUCCUCAACAACUCCAACCACUCCAGAAACAACAACCACAAUUUUGGCAUCAAGUACAAUUCCACCCAGAACAACAGCUGUGGUUACAGAAGGCACAACAAUUUUCUCAACAUCUCUUGCCACUCCAGAAACAACAACUGCAACAUCAAGUACAACUGCACCCAUAACAACAUCAGUAACUACAGAAAGCACAACAAUUUUCUCAACAUCUCUUACUGCUCCAGAAACAACAACCACAACUGCAGCAUCAAGUACAACUUCACCCAUAACAACAGCAGUAACUACAGAAAGCAUUAAAAUGUCCUCUACAACUCCAACCACUCCAGAAACAACAAGCACAAUUUUGGCAUCAAGUACAAUUCCACCCACAACAACAGCUGUGGUUACAGAAGGCACAACAAUUUCCUCAACAUCUCUUACCACUCCAGAAACAACAACUGCAACUGCAACGUCAAGUACAACUGCACCCAUAACAACAUCAGUAACUACAGAAAGCACAAACAUUUUCUCAACAUCUCUUACCACUCCAGAAACAACAACCGCAACUGCAGCAUCAAGUACAACUCCACCCACAACAACACCUAUGGUUACAGAAGGCACAACAAUUUUCUCAACAUCUCUUACUGCUCCAGAAACAACAACCGCAACUGCAGCAUCAAGUACAACUCCACCCACUACAACACCUAUGGUUACGGAAGGCACAACAAUUUUUUCAACAUCUCUUACCACUCCAGAAACAACAACCGCAACUGCAGCAUCAAGUACAACUCCACCCACAACAACACCUAUGGUUACGGAAGGCACAACAAUUUUCUCAACAUCUCUUACUGCUCCAGAAACAACAACCACAACUGCAGCAUCAAGUACAAUUCCACCCAGAACAACAGCUGUGGUUACAGAAGGCACAACAAUUUUCUCAACAUCUCUUGCCACUCCAGAAACAACAAUCACAAUCUUGGCAUCAAGUACAAUUCCACCCACAACACUAGCUGUGGUUACAGAAGGCACAACAAUUUUCUCAACAUCUCUUACCCCUCCAGAAACAACAACUGCAACAUCAAGUACAACUGCACCCAUAACAACAUCAGUAACUACAGAAAGCACAAACAUUUUGUCAACAUCUCUUACCACUCCAGAAACAACAACCCCAGCAUCAAGUACAACUCCACUCAAAACAACAGCUGUAACUACAGAAAGCACUAAAAUGUCUGCAGCAACUCCAACCACUCCAGAAACAACAAGCACAAUUUUGGCAUCAAGUACAAUUCCACCCACAACAACAGCUGUGAUUACAGAAGGCACAACAAUUUCCUCAACAUCUCUUACCACUCCAGAAACAACAACCGCAACUGCAACAUCAAGUACAACUGCACCCAUAACAACAUCAGUAACUACAGAAAGCACAAACAUUUUCUCAACAUCUCUUACCACUCCAGAAACAACAACUGCAGCAUCAAGAAUAACUCCACUCACAACAACAGCUGUCACUACAGAAAGCACUAAAAUGUCCUCUACAACUCCAACCACUCCAGAAACAACCACUAUUUUGGCAUCAAGUACAAAUCAACCCACAACAACAGCUGUGGUUACAGAAAGCACAACAAUUUUUUCAACAUCUCUUACCACUCCAGAAACAACAACCGCAACUGCAGCAUCAAGUACAACUCCACCCACAACAACAGCUGUGGUUACAGAAGGCACAACAAUUUUCUCAACAUCUCUUGCCACUCCAGAAACAACAAGCACAAUUUUGGCAUCAAGUACAAUUCCACCCACAACAACAGCUGUGGUUACAGAAGGCACAACAAUUUUCUCAACAUCUCUUGCCACUCCAGAAACAACAACCACAACUGCAGCAUCAAGUACAACUCCACUCAAAACAACAGAUGUAGUUACAGAAAGCACUAAAAUGUCCGCAACAACUCCAACCACUCCAGUAACAACAACCACAAUUUUGGCAUCAAGGACAACUCCACUCACAACAACAGCAGUAACUACAGAAAGCAUUAAAAUGUCCUCAACAACUCCAACCACUCCAGAAACAACAACCACAAUUUUGGCAUCAAGUACAAUCCCACCCAGAACAACAGCUGUGGUUACAGAAGGCACAACAAUUUUCUCAACAUCUCUUGCCACUCCAGAAACAACAACUGCAACAUCAAGUACAACUGCACCCAUAACAACAUCAGUAACUACAGAAAGCACAACAAUUUUCUCAACAUCUCUUACUGCUCCAGAAACAACAACCACAACUGCAGCAUCAAGUACAACUUCACCCAUAACAACAGCAGUAACUACAGAAAGCAUUAAAAUGUCCUCUACAACUCCAACCACUCCAGAAACAACAAGCACAAUUUUGGCAUCAAGUACAAUUCCACCCACAACAACAGCUGUGGUUACAGAAGGCACAACAAUUUCCUCAACAUCUCUUACCACUCCAGAAACAACAACUGCAACUGCAACGUCUAGUACAACUGCACCCAUAACAACAUCAGUAACUACAGAAAGCACAAACAUUUUCUCAACAUCUCUUACCACUCCAGAAACAACAACCGCAACUGCAGCAUCAAGUACAACUCCACCCACAACAACACCUAUGGUUACGGAAGGCACAACAAUUUUCUCAACAUCUCUUACCCCUCCAGAAACAACAACUGCAGCAUCAAGUACAACUGCACCCAUAACAACAGCAGUAACUACAGAAAGCACAAACAUUUUGUCAACAUCUCUUACCACUCCAGAAACAACAACCCCAGCAUCAAGUACAACUCCACUCAAAACAACAGCUGUAACUACAGAAAGCCCUAAAAUGUCUGCAGCAACUCUAGCCACUGCAGAAACAACAAGCACAAUUUUGGCAUCAAGUACAAUUCCACCCACAACAACAGCUGUGGUUACAGAAGGCACAACAAUUUUCUCAACAUCUCUUGCCACUCCAGAAACAACAACCACAACUGCAGCAUCAAGUACAACUCCACUCAAAACAACAGAUGUAGUUACAGAAAGCACUAAAAUGUCCGCAACAACUCCAACCACUCCAGAAACAACAACCACAAUUUUGGCAUCAAGUACAACUCCACUCACAACAACAGCAGUAACUACAGAAAGCAUUAAAAUGUCCUCAACAACUCCAACCACUCCAGAAACAACAACCACAAUUUUGGCAUCAAGUACAAUUCCACCCAGAACAACAGCUGUGGUUACAGAAGGCACAACAAUUUUCUCAACAUCUCUUGCCACUCCAGAAACAACAAUCACGAUUUUGGCAUCAAGUACAAUUCCACCCACAACACUAGCUGUGGUUACAGAAGGCACAACAAUUUUCUCAACAUCUCUUACCCCUCCAGAAACAACAACUGCAACAUCAAGUACAACUGCACCCAUAACAACAUCAGUAACUACAGAAAGCACAAACAUUUUGUCAACAUCUCUUACCACUCCAGAAACAACAACCCCAGCAUCGAGUACAACUCCACUCAAAACAACAGCUGUAACUACAGAAAGCACUAAAAUGUCUGCAGCAACUCCAACCACUCCAGAAACAACAAGCACAAUUUUGGCAUCAAGUACAAUUCCACCCACAACAACAGCUGUGGUUACAGAAGGCACAACAAUUUCCUCAACAUCUCUUACCACUCCAGAAACAACAACCGCAACUGCAACAUCAAGUACAACUGCACCCAUAACAACAUCAGUAACUACAGAAAUCACAAACAUUUUCUCAACAUCUCUUACCACUCCAGAAACAACAACUGCAGCAUCAAGAAUAACUCCACUCACAAAAACAGCUGUAACUACAGAAAGCACUAAAAUGUCCUAUACAACUCCAACCACUCCAGAAACAACCACUAUUUUGGCAUCAAGUACAAAUCAACCCACAACAACAGCUGUGGUUACAGAAAGCACAACAAUUUUUUCAACAUCUCUUACCACUCCAGAAACAACAACCGCAACUGCAGCAUCAAGUACAACUCCACCCACAACAACAACUAUGGUUACGGAAGGCACAACAAUUUUCUCAACAUCUCUUACUGCUCCAGAAACAACAACCGCAACUGCAGCAUCAAGUACAACUCCACCCACUACAACACCUAUGGUUACGGAAGGCACAACAAUUUUUUCAACAUCUCUUACCACUCCAGAAACAACAACCGCAACUGCAGCAUCAAGUACAACUCCACCCACAACAACACCUAUGGUUACGGAAGGCACAACAAUUUACUCAACAUCUCUUACUGCUCCAGAAACAACAACCACAACUGCAGCAUCAAGUACAACUUCACCCAUAACAACAGCAGUAACUACAGAAAGCACAACAAUUUUCUCAACAUCUCUUACCACUCCAGAAACAACAACCGCAACUGCAACAUCAAGUACAACUGCACCCAUAACAACAUCAGUAACUACAGAAAGCACAAACAUUUUCUCAACAUCUCUUACCACUCCAGAAACAACAACUGCAGCAUCAAGAAUAACUCCACUCACAACAACAGCUGUAACUACAGAAAGCACUAAAAUGUCCUCUACAACUCCAACCACUCCAGAAACAACCACUAUUUUGGCAUCAAGUACAAAUCAACCCACAACAACAGCUGUGGUUACAGAAAGCACAACAAUUUUUUCAACAUCUCUUACAACUCCAGAAACAACAACCGCAACUGCAGCAUCAAGUACAACUCCACCCACAACAACACCUAUGGUUACGGAAGGCACAACAAUUUUCUCAACAUCUCUUACUGCUCCAGAAACAACAACCGCAACUGCAGCAUCAAGUACAACUCCACCCACUACAACACCUAUGGUUACGGAAGGCACAACAAUUUUUUCAACAUCUCUUACCACUCCAGAAACAACAACCGCAACUGCAGCAUCAAGUACAACUCCACCCAUAACAACAGCAGUAACUACAGAAAGCACAACAAUUUUCUCAACAUCUCUUACCUCUCCAGAAACAGCGACCCCAACUGCAGCAUCAAGUACAACUCCACCCAUAACAACAUCAGUAACUACAGAAAGCACAAACAUUUUCUCAACAUCUCCUUCCACUCCUGAAACAACAACUGCAGCAUCAAGUACAACUCAACUGACAAGAACAGCUGUAACUACAGAAAGCACUAAAAUGUCCUCAACAACUCCAACCACACCAGAGACAACAACCACAAUUUUGGCAUCAAGUACAAUUCCACCCACAACAUCAGCUAUGGUUACAGAAGGCACAACAAUUUUCUCAACAUCUCUUACCACUACAGAAACAACAAUCGCAACUGCAGCGUCAAGUACAACUCCACUCACAACAACAGCAGUAACUACAGAAAGCACAAACAUUUUCUCAACAUCUCUUAUCACUCCAGAAACAACAACUGCAGCAUCAAGUACAACUGCACCCACAACAACAGUAGUAACUACAGAAAGCACAACAAUUUCCUCAACAUCUCUUACCACUCCAGAAACAACAACCACAACUGCAGCAUCAAGUAAAACUUCACCCUCAACAACAGCAGGAACUACAGCAAGCCCAACAAUUUUCUCAACAUCUCUUACCACUCCAGAAACAACAACCACAACUGCAGCAUCAAGUACAACUCCACUCACAAUAACAGCAGUAACUACAGAAAGCACUAAAAUGUCCUCAACAACUCCAACCACUCCAGAAACAACAAGCACAAUUUUGGCAUCAAAUACAAUUCCACAUACAACAACAGCUAUGGUUACAGAAGGCACAACAAUUUUCUCAACAUCUCUUACCACUACAGAAACAACAAUCGCAACUGCAGCAUCAAGUACAACUCCACUCAGAACAACAGCAGUAACUACAGAAAGCACUAAAAUGUCCUCAACAACUCCAACCAAACCAGAAACAACAAACACAAUUUUGGCAUCAAGUACAAUUCCACCCACAACAACAACUAUGGUUACGGAAGGCACAACAAUUUUCUCAACAUCUCUUACCACUCCAGAAACAACAACUGAAGCAUCAAGUACAACUGCACCCACAACAACAGUAGUAACUACAGAAAGCACAAACAUUUUCUCAACAUCUCUUACCACUCCAGAAACAACAACUUCAGCCUCAAAUACAACUCCACUCAUAACAACAGCAGUAACUUCAGAAAGCACAACAUUUUCCCCAACAACUCCAACCACUUUGGAUAAAACAACUUCACCUGCAGCAACAAGUACAACUUCUCCAACAACCACAGGUGUGACUAAAGAAAGUACAACAUUUACCUCAACAACUCCAAUCACUUUGGAAACAACACCUUUAUCCGCAAUACCCACAACUACAGCAUCAAGUUCAUCUGCACCCACAACAACAGCUAUGACCAAAGAAAGAACAACAUUUCCCUCAACAACUCCAACCAAUUCAGAAAAAACAACUUCACUUGCAGCAACAAGUACAACUUUACCCACAACAACAGGUGGGACUACAGAAACCACAACAUUUUCCUCAAUAACUCUAACUACUCCAGAAACAACAACUUCACCUGCAGCAACAAGUAAAACUUCUCCCACAACAACAGGUGUGGCUAUAGCAAGCACAACAUUUUCCUCAACAAAUCCAACCACUUUGGAAACAACAACUUCACCUGCAGCAAUAAGUACAACUUCACCAACAACCCCAGGUCUGACCACAGAAAGUACAACAUUUACCUCAACAACUCCAACUACUCCCGAAAUAACAACAAGAAAUGCAUCACCCACACAUACAACAUCAACAACAGCUGUGACUACAGAAAGCAUGACAUUUUCCUCAACAACUCCUUCCACUCAAGAAACAACUUCAUAUGCAAUAACCACAACUGCUGCAUCAAGUACAACUCCACCCACAACAGCAGCUGUGAAAACAGAAAUUAUAGCAAUUUCCUCAAAAACUACAAGUGCACCUGUGGCACAUACCACUAUUUCUACAAGUCCAUCCACAACAACCCUUGUAACCAUAGAAAGCACAAAUUGUCCAUCAACCCUUGCUACAGCUUUAGUAACUAUAACUGCUGGUGCAACAGGCACAACUAAAGCUUCAGGUACAGCUACAGCAAUAGUUCAACAAUCAUCAAUUGCGACAACCAGUGCUGUGUUAACUAGGUCUGCUUCAGCAUUAUCUGAAACACCAAGUACAACAAGUACAGUGCCAUCAACAAUUGCAGCUAAAUCUACAACACCAUAUUUUUCAUCAGCAGUCACUCCUUCUAAACCUCCAAUAUCUACAACUGGAUCUAAACAUACUAUGACAUCAGGUCCAACGACAUCUAUAACACUACGUACAACACUUACAACACUAUCUGUAUCAACAAUCCCAGUUGAAAUGAUUGCAACUACAAUUGUAACACCUAAAGCUUUAGCCACAACUGCAGCUCAAGAAACAACUUCAAACCAAGCAAAAAUACCUUUUACAACCACAAUAUUAGCCAAGACCUCAGUUGUACCUCAAACAACACAUGCAAUUCUAACAGACAAAACCACAGCCUCCACUGGGACAUCACCAUUUCCAACCUCUAACCUCUCUCUAGCAACCCAAUCCUCAACAACUACAGCAAAUGAAUUUCCCUCAACCUCAACAAAAGUUCCAGGCUCAAACACUCCAUUACAAACGCAAACUGAAAAUCCAACAAGCAGUGCUACACCUUUGAACACUAUGACAAAUGCAGGUGUCUCAUCAUUUCAAACAUCUUCGACUUUGCAACCAGAAGCUUCUACCAUACUUAAAACAAAUUCACCAUCAACAAAUGUGACUUCUGCAGCUGUAGUAAAAACCAAACUGAUAUUUAUAAGCUCAUCUAUGGUCCCCAUUGAAAGUUUGGUCAUCAGUGCUGUCAACACUCUCAACAUAUCCAGACAGUCACAACUUGAUGAAUCAGUAAAGCUGGUGAAUGUCCUCUAUGAGAAAAUCUCGGAAACCACCUAUGCAGUCACCUUUACAUUUACUAUGAGUAACAUCAGCAUGCCAGAGAACCCUGAGCUCAGAAAUGACACUUUUAAGCAAGUUCAGGAUGUUGUCAACAAAGCUCUGAACACUCUUCUGAAUGAGCCUACCAGUCCUGUUCUUCAACCCAAGACCUCAGACUUCACGAGCACAUCAGACCAAAUUAGUGGCAUGAUAAAUUACACCAUCCAAGAUGGAGAUCCAAUACAACCGGUCAGCUUCCUAAAUCUACUUCGGUUACCUAUUGGAUCAACAACAACAGUGUCUCCUGUGAAAACAAGCAUGUUCCCUGUGACAUCUCUAAAUCAAGUAUUUGGUUCAGCAGUGGUGACAACCAGACUGGUGUUCAACUCAUCUCCAGUCCCCAGUGAAGAUCUGGUGCUCAGUGCCAUCACCACUCUCAGGAACUCAAGAGAAUCUCAACUCAACGAAACAGUGAAAGUGGUGAAUUUCACCUACGAAAAAAUCUCGGACACCUCCUAUGCGCUCGUCAUAACAUUUACUCUGAGUAACAUCAGCAUUCCAGUCAUCCCAGAACUAAGGAACAACACGUUCAGUCAAGUACAAAAUAUUGCUAAUAAUGCGCUGAACACUCUUCUGAAUGAGCCUACCAGUUUGGUUCUUCAACCCAAGACCUCAGACUUCACGAGCACAUCAGACCAAAUUCAUGGCAAUAUGGAUUACACCUUCCAAGAUGCAGAUGCCAUACGACCAGUCAGCUUCCUAAAUCUGCUUCAGUUACCUAUUGGCUUAACAACUAUCAACACUCUGCCGGCAAGCACAACUCUACCACCUAUUGUCCUUGGAACUGCAAUCAUUUACAUUGAACUGGUGUUUUUCACACUGGGCCCUGCUCCAAAUGAGAACAGUGUUCUACAGAUAGCAAACAGUCUUCUAGAUGCAAAACUGAGAACCAGACGAGCUGUCCAAACACUGAAAGAUCCUGUCAGCUUUAUGAACAUCACCUAUAAGAGAAUUACUGAGAAUCAAUAUUCCUUAACCUUUGGAUUUGAAAUCGGCAAUGUAUCUAUGUCUGAAAAAUUUGAAUUCAGGAACAACACCCACGAAAUUGUACAAGACAAAAUAAAUGAAUUGCUGAGCAAGAUCCUAAAUGACCCCAAAGCAGCUACAUUCAAGUUCCCAGCCAGUUUUCAGGGUACUUCAACCGAGAUUCGAGCUAAUGUGCAGUACGUUUUCAGAGAAGGUGACAUCGGUGCACCCAGCCAGUUCCUUGAAGAACUUCUCAAAAUCAAUGGAGUCAUUACCACUCCUGCACCUGCAACCACCUUUUACCCCACUUUAGUGAACAACAGCACUAGUGCAGCGUGGGUCGUGGCUAUAAUUGUACCCUGUGCUAUAGCCAUUUUGCUUAUACCUUGCUGGAUUCUCCUAUGUUGUUUGCUAUGCGGCUGCUGUGGUCGAAUAAGGCGACGCUGGCACAGGAGACAGUCAUAUAAUGUGCAGUCUACAACACGACACAGCCUCUUCUAAAAAAUCUGAAACAUUGAGACAAAUCAGGAAAAUCAAGAAUGGAAAUUGCACUCAACAAUAAAAAAUCAUUAUAUAAAAAUUGGAAAUAAAUUGAAAACUGGAAAUUAGCUAUUUUAAUGUUUUUCAAUAUAUUAAAAUGAACAAACUGA